AACAAUCCCGUGGCCAUGAGCCAACUCGGCACCGUCUACGCUACCAAAAGGCGCAGGCGCAACGGCAAAAAUCUAAAGCCACCGCAAAAGGAUGGGGUGACAAAGUCGAAUCCGAGCAAGCGGCAUCGGGAGCGCUUGAACGCCGAACUGGACACCCUGGCUUCGCUGCUGCCCUUCGAACAGAACAUCCUGAGUAAACUCGAUCGGCUCAGCAUACUCAGGCUCAGCGUCAGCUACCUACGCACCAAGAGUCACUUUGGAGUGGCGAUGAGCAAAGGCAAAGAAGACAGCGCGCACCACGACUCGCACUACCGGGCGCGCGAGCUCGCAGCCUUGGCCGCUUACGAUCACCAGCACCUAGACGGUGAAAUGUUCCUGCAGGCGUUGAACGGCUUCUUGCUCAUUCUGACCUGCGACGGGGAGGUUUUCUUCGCCACUCACAGCAUAGAGAGUUACCUAGGCUUCCAUCAGUCGGACAUUGUCCACCAGAGUGUGUACGAGCUGGUGCACAGCGAGGACAGGGAGGAGUUGCAGCGCCAGCUAAUGUGGAACUCGUUCCUGCCGGCGGAAAGCGCGAACCUGAGCCUGAACGAGGCACUCGUGCCCCAGCACUCGCACCUACUCGAGCGCAGCUUCACGGUGCGCUUUCGCUGCCUCCUCGACAACACGUCGGGAUUUCUCCGACUGGACAUCCGAGGCCGAGUGAAGGAACUCCACGGGCAGAACCGCAAGACCGAGGAGUUGGCUCUGGCUCUGUUUGCCCUUUGCACGCCCUUCGGUCCGCCCUCUUUGCUCGAGGUGCCCCAAAAAGAGGUCAUGUUCAAAAGCAAGCACAAACUCGACCUCGGCCUCGUCUCCAUGGAUCCCCGCGGGAAAAUCCUCCUCGGGUACUCGGACUCGGAAUUGGCCAACCUCGGAGGCUACGGCCUGGUGCAUUACGACGAUCUCGCUUACGUCGCCAGUGCACACCAGGAGUUGCUCAAGACCGGGGCCUCGGGUAUGAUAGCCUACAGGUACCAAACGAAGGACGGUGGCUGGCAGUGGCUGCAGACGAGCUCGAGACUCGUCUACAAAAAUUCCAAGCCCGACUUUGUCAUCAGUACACACCGGCCUCUGAUGGAAGAGGAGGGCCGGGAUCUCCUGGGCAAGCGCACGAUGGACUUUAAAGUGAGCUACCUAGACGCAGGCCUCACAAACAGCUACUUCUCGGACAGCGACAGUCUCGGCGGUAGCUCGUGCCUGGGCUCCCAGCUCACCAGCCAACAGCAAUCCCAACAAUCCCAGCAACAGCAGCAACAACAACAGUCUCCCCAGCAAUCUCAGCCUCAGCGAGUUAAUCGACGAUACAAGAAUCAGCUGCGCGAUUUUCUCUCGACCUGUCGGAGCAAGCGCGCGAGCAAAGCGUCAGCCAACCACCACUCGUCGGCGCAGCAGCAGCUGUCGCCUCUCUCGCCGGUAACUGGUGGACCGGUGAUUGCCGCGACGGUGGCGGUAGCCGGUACCCCGGUCACUGCGGCCACGGUGGGCGUGGGAGUAACUCCGGUCGACUAUCUAACGGCGGACAGUAGCGCGGCGGCAGCUGCUGUGGUUGCUGCCGCGGCUUACGGUAAUCUAAACAGUCACAUGUACCCGACGGCCACGUACGCUCCGCCACCACCUCCAGCCGCUACUGAUCCCGCCGCCACGCUCGGCACCUAUAUCGGGCACACCGGCACGUACCAUCAUCAUCACCAUCAUCAGACCCUAUAUCCCACUACGGCUCUCGACAACAGGUACCUCACGGCCACGGAGAAUCUCUUUCAGUACCGGCCGCUAGGAUCUUACUAUCCGGAUUAUCACGCGACCACGGGUUAUAACGGCUUCAUUGACGUGUCCUUGCCUCCGACGUACGAGAGUCACCAGCAGCUGGCUGCGACGCCCGACUCGCCAAAGUACGGCUACUCGAACAGCGACGCGCGCUCCUCUGCCUACCACGCGCUGAGCAGUCCUGUUCUCCAACAGCAGCAGCAGCAGCAGCAGCACGCCGAGUCCUCCGUCUCCAUCGUGGUGAGCAGUGCGAGGGCUGGCAGCCGGCACUCGUUGGAGGGUGCCUCGACUAAUUCGGCGGGUAGCUCGCCAGCCACGAACAACAACAACGGAGUGCUCACGCCCAAAAUCGAGGACGUCAAGUCGGAGGCUUACUCUGGCCCUGGUGUCGAGCCUCUUAGACAGACUGUGCUCAUGUGGGGCGCUCCACCGACGUCGAGAACGCCACCCAGAAACAAUGGGAGCUACAGUCCACCCACCCCAGCUCGCACUCCACUGGAUCCCCGUUCCGAUCCACUAAAGAGCUUGCAAGAGAUGAACUCGAUGAACGGCGAUUGCAAAUGGAAGAGGACCUCGCCCGUAUGUCCAGGUGUGCCUUCAGCCCCGAGUCCACCCCGACUCCUCACCUCAAAGGUCCAUCAACCAACACCACCACCACCACCAUCCCAACAACAUCAACAGCAGCACUAUUCGGUCGUGACGUCAGCGCAUUACGCAAGUGGCAGCGGGUACGCGAACCAGCAGCAGCAAAACGACGGAACGCCUAGCAGCGAGGUAUGGCAAGGGGUUCAACAACAACAGCACCACCAUCAACAACAACAACAACAACAACACCAUCACUACCAGUACUAUCCCUACCAACACCAUCACCACCAUCAUCCAACUGCACCAUCACCACGGCACGCGUCUCACACAUUAUCAUCGGUAACGGAACUGACGUCAUCCAACAGGAACAGCAGCAGCAGCAUCAACACGUCGUCCGCAACCGACAACUGCAGCAGCAGCAACAGCAACACCACCACAACCACCGCCAACAACAACAGCAGCGAGUCGCACUAUCCAGGUCAGGUGCAGGCCUCGAUCAACUCUGCGAUGCCAAUAACGUCUGCCUCGCAGAUUCUAAACCGGACGCUGGGAGUCCUCUGCUAUCCAUCUCUGAGGUGACCAACACUCUCCUCAAUCAGUAGCUUGGAACGGACGUUGCAACAUUCUGGAUCUGAUGAUAG